AUGCGGACGACGACGACGGCACACGUGGUGUCGGCGGCGCUGCUGGUGCUCGCGGGCGCGAGGGCGCUCGAUAUCAGCGACGAGCUCGGGAUGGGGUGGAAGAUGGGGCUGUUGCCGCGGCAGGGCUCGCAGAACCUGCAGACGUUUACGGGGGCGCUUGGGGGUGUCCAGGCUUCUGCGAUCACCAAGUCGAACAACCCCGAUCGACCGUUUGAAGUCGACGGAGACACUUUCCCCGACUUCUCGACCGCCGCGGGCAGAGCGUGCGAUAAUCAAAAGAACAAAUGCUCGCAGGCCGCGAACAACGGUCCCGCCAAGUUCGACGUCUCAAAGUGCGACGAGCAAGCUACCGAGUGCAAAUCGGCAAUCGACUCGACGACGAAGCAGAGCUUCGGCGAACCGGUGUUUGCGGGCUCGGACGGCAACUUUGACAUCUUUUGUGACCCUUGA